AUGGAAGACUCUAUGCUUAGCUUUAUCCUUGGAUCCAUAUUCAUGCUCGGUGUUUCUUGCUCAGCACAUCACAUAAUGCAUGUUUUGUCAUCAAUUUCGUUACUAGCCUUUGUAUAUUACACAGCAAGUUGUCGAAAUUUAGGAGUUCAUAUAAAGAUCCUUGGAGUAAAAGAUAUCGUUGCAUUGAUUAGUGGCAUUAUGAUUGAAAGCAUUCUUCUUGCAAAGCCUACAAGAUGCAUGGGAGGACUUGCACUCAAGAGAGCUGCAGCAUGUGGGUUAUCUUUAUCAAUUACGAUGUUCUGCAUAAGCAUUAGAUAUAUGAGUAAGUCUAUAGAAAAAGGAAGAUUCAUUCCAAAGGGCAUCUAUGCAUAUGCCAGGCAUCCAUUAUAUAUGUCACUGAUGGUUUUCUGGGCAUCUUGCUGUGUGUACACAUCAUGCCUUGUUUCAUUUGCGCUUUUUGUAUGGUUUAUAAACUUCAAGAUAUUCACAAGAAUAAGAGAAGAAGAGUCAGAAAAUGAAAAAAUAUACAUUGAUUAUGCAAGAUAUCGGAAGUCCACCUGGUCUGGGAUUCCAAUGUAUAGAUGA